CCACUCUGACCUGUCAUGAAGUCAACCAAGGCCAAGUGUCCACAUGGAGCGGAAGGAACCAUCUUCAGGAGGGUCCAGGGGGGACCAGCCUGCAGGAAACUUGACGUGGAGAUGUUCUCUGACCUGUUGUCUGAGGAGCAAGUCAGAGAUCUAGGUCCAGUGUCAGACACCUGGUUUGAAGACCUGACAGCUGAAGCCUUGUCAAGGGAUAGCAACACCAGAGUACAAGAUGAUCUUCAAACACCCCUGAAGAGUCAUCACCAUGGCAAUGGCCAAACAAACAUGGCUGCCACCCCAGUGCCUGAUGGGAAGGUUCCCUUCACCCCCACCAGCUGUUCUCCGUCCCUGUUCAGCCCUAAUGUCCCAGAAUGCAAUGGAACAGACCUGAGAAACAGAGUCAGGUCAGAGGUCAACGUUGGACAGUCCACACCAGUCCUUCCUCACACAGGGAGGAAAUUUUUUGGCUUUUCAGGUGUGAGUCAGCUGAGAACAGGAGAAAACCCAGGGUACAUCCAGUCUGGAGUAGGUCAUCUGAUGUGGGGAGGGGAGCACCACACCCCGGGGCACAUCCAGCCAAGUGUGGGGCUCUCCCCUGGGGUAGGGGGCAGUCCUCUACCCAUACUACCUGAGACAGACAGCUCUGUACUAUCAAGAAGACUUUUCAAGACUCCCCAGGGUCAUUCAAGUCAAGGAUUCUCCAGUGAACCAAUGGCAUCCAGGUUUCUGCCCACCCCUGAGCGCCUGACCAUGACCCUGGGAGCUGACCUGGACAGUUCUGCCCUGUCAUGGACCAGCUCCAUGGCAACGCCUGGCACUGCUGCCAUAGCAACGCCUACUGUUGCCAUGACAACAACAGAAGCUGCAGAAGAAAAUUUUGAUCUAGAAGAAGACGUCAACAUUGCUGCUGAUGGAAAGAAGCUUGCAAGGGCACUCUUCAUCCAUGGUGAAGAAGAAACAGGUGAAGAUCAUGUACAAAAACCACCUCCAGAUAAGUCUCCAUCAGAGGAAAAUACAUUUCCUACUCAACUUCUCCAGUCACAGAUGGACAUGACUUUGCCUCAAGAGUUUGGGACUCAAGAGUUUAACACAGUACCUGAAGAAACAACGGCAUCGAUUGGAACAACAAGGAAAAAGAGACACGAAAACAGUGACUCGAAUGACACUCAAGAAAGUAAAGUUCAAACAAAACUAUCAGAAAACGUUUUGAACCAGUCUCAGGCAAACUCCAGUCAAACCAGCAUCCAAGAAGAUGUGGACAAAACAUUGGACUUCCUCUUUGCCAAAUCAGAGAAGAGGAGUCAAAGGAAAGAGCCUCCACCCCCUAAGAGAAGAAAGUGGGACAGGCCAGCUAGUGAGACAGUAUCUGGGACCGUACCAUCAUUAGGGGAGACAGGUCCUGAUGACGCUAAAGACGGUCUUAAGUCAAGAACUGUCAGAAGUCAGCAGGAAGAAAAUGUUAGCUGCACAACCAAAGUGCAGUCUGAAACAUCAUGGCAUCAUGAACAAGAAACAACAGCAACCCAGAAAAGUGUGAAACCAUCAGAUUCUGCGGAAAACGCGAAAAGGGAACUCGCUGUCGGCUCUCCGGUCUCUUCUGUCAAUGUCGAUUUCUUCUCCCAGAUUUCUCCUUCGUCGCUGCAAGAAAUUUGCGAAGCCGCCGACAAGGCCGCAGAAAAUUCAGAGGAAUCUAGAACUGAAAGCUCCAGCAAUGGAUGUAAAAAAGAGCAUCAGAUUCAAUCCAGCACUCCUAACUACAAGUUUGAAGAAGAAGGAAUCGCUGAUACAAAAGAUUUCGGAAAAAUGGAAAGGCAUGACACAAAAUCCACAGAAAAGGAUAGAAAGUCUAUAGGAAGUGCUGCUUGUUCAACUGUGAUUGACGAUGAAUACUGUGACCGUCCGUCAGACAAAGACAGCUUCUCUGAGUCUCCACCUUUCGCUAACCCAACACAGGGCACACUGGAUGUCAUGAACGUCAGCUCACAAGUCUUGAAACAGCAAACGCAUGCUCAGGAAGGACACCUAGCAACUGAUGUCGGUACUGCAAAAGUAGACAAAACUGCACCUGGUACAUCAAAACAGCAGAAACAGUCAGCCACCCCAUCUCUUGUCUUCAAUCUUAAAGUUCCAACAAAGAAGGAUAGUCUCCAAGACACUCCCAAGUUCUCAGCAACAACUGUGAAUAGAGGAGGAUCGGCAAGGAGGUUUUUCUACCCAACGUCGUCACAGAUUUCCAAGUCUACACCAAAGACACUUUUUCCAACUAAUCAUUUGUCUAGAAAUCAGAAAGACUGUAAAGGGGCUGUUAAAGGUACUGCAGUUCCAAAUAUUGCUUUCAGUCCAUCUAUUAGACAGGGUGAAGAACUGAAGCCACAGAAAACAAGUGAUGUUGCAGACAAAACUUCUUCCAAGGCUUUCAAGUUGUCAGAAAGCACGUCUUCUUAUAGACAGCAGAACACAGCUGGAGACCACGCCAAGAAAGAUUUCAAACUAAACACUGAACAACCAAGCUAUGAAGCUGUGUGUGCCAAAAAUGCUUUAAACAAGCCUGCUAUGCUCUCUUCUUUGCACAACCAAAGCACACCAAACUACAAAAGACCUAGCAGCAAGUUGCCACAUUUGGGAGGUAUUACAAACAGAAGGGAAACUCCCAUUCACAACCAAACAGAAGAUAGGACAACCUGUGGCAACGAACUUGUGACAAGCUCCUUGUCAAGCUUUGGAGGGUUUCAGACAGCCUCAAGAAAAGAGAUAACAGUCUCUGAAGAUGCCAUGAAGAAAGCCGCAGCACUGGCUGCUGAAGUUGAUGCAGAAAUGGCUAAGACAAGUACAAACAUGUUCUCAGAUUCAACACAUGGUGGGACAGCUUCAAAGAAGGACUCUGAAUCCACAAAGCCUAUGAUUCACAAAGAAACAUUAUCUGGAGUGUAUGCAUCCUCGAAGGCACUAACAAAAGAUAAGAGUUUGGAGAAUGGCUGUGAGUUUGCAGGUUUUUGUACAGCUUCUAACAAGAGUAUUCAGAUCUCGGAGAAAGCCUUGAAACAAGCUCAAAACAUGGUGUCAGAAGUGGAAGAUUCUCUUCUAGCUGAAAUGGAAUUAGAACAAACAGACAGUACUAGGGAUGACACUUCUUUAAAUGACAACAGACCACCACAGGCUACUAUUAGCUGGAAAGUCGAUGUCAAUACAAGUGCACUAGAGACGGUUGUCAGAAAGAACACUAACAGAUCUAGACAGCCGCAGAAAGAGCUUGGACCCAAGUCAAACACAGGUCUUGGCGCCACCUCUUCAACUAAGAAGCCAUCUUCUUCCCUUGACAUACAAAAUGGUUGCUCAAGUGAAGCUAGUGGUCUCUUCAUUGGUAUUGUUGAAGGAGGGACAAAACAUCAUGGGCCAUUUCAAGAAAUCACUGGGUUCCAAAGUGCCUCUAAUAAACCCAUACAAGUGUCAUCAGAUGCAAUGAAAAGAGCAAAGACUCUCGCAAAGGAAGUUGAAUCCAGUAUGGCUACUGAGGCUCAGUGGGAAAAAGACCUGGACCAUAGUCCUUUCUUAAACUCCAAUGGUGUCCAAACGUCAAAAACAACUGAUGGAAGCACAGUAUCCUCUGUUGAAAGAAGUAAUUCUAAGGCUGUAACAGGCAAACCAGGGGACUUUGAAAGCACAAAGACAAGACAAAACAUAGGGACAAGUCAUUGUGAAUCUCUGCACACUACAGGCUUUAAAACCGCAUCAAGAAAGCCCAUACAGAUAUCAUCAGAUGCCAUGAAGAAGGCCCGAUCUCUAGCUACAGAAGUCGACGAAGGUUUAGCUACAGCGAGUUACAAGUACCAAUGCUUGGACCAUACCGUUAAACUGGACGUCACAGGUUUUACAACGGCCUCCAAAAAGCCCAUCAAAGUAGCUUCUAGUAGUAUGCAGAAAGCCAAGGCUCUGACAGUAGAAGUGGAGGCAAGCCUUCGUAUUAGUACUCCAGAUAACUUUAUCACUGACCAAAAUCCAUCAGCAGACUGUCCAGGUUUCAGAACUGCCUCCAACAAGAAUAUCUCAGUCUCAACUGCGUCCUUGCAGAAAGCCAAGUUGAUGUUAGCAGAGGUUGAUGAAGAAGACAUUGAUGUUCACGAACUAUCCAACAAUGAAAAUGGUUCAGCAAGGAAAUGCUCCAAAACAACAGCAACAGUAAAACAAGGUUUAGAAAGCGCCACCUAUCUGAAACCCAAAGGACUGCAGUCGUUCAGACCUCCAUCAAAAAUGCUGGGGCCACAAAAGUGUUCUGGACCAUCAGACUCCCGUGGAAGACAAAGAUCCCAAAGAAGUAAGGCCGGCAACAACUAUGUACUCCAUCCAAUGAGCACGGCUGUUGGGAUGCCUUGUAAACUGUCUCAGCCAAUGGAAGAAGACAGCAACAUGAAUGACAGUUUCCAUGACGACCGUCUGUUCUGUACCCAGAUGGUGUCGGCGGCAGAAGUGGCAGAGAGCACCUACGCCUUCCUGCAAGCAGAGAAAGAGGAUGGACACAGCGACAACUUUGGCUUCUCGGAACAUCUCCAAAACCAAGAGAAGACUCCAAGCCAUUCCAGGGGUGCAGAAAAAGUCAAUUGUGACAACAGCAAAACUAAGGAGGGAGAGAGUCAAAGUAGUUUGAGCAAUGACAGGCAAAGUAAAAUUGCUCGUGCACCGAAAACUGAGAGCAGUCACCUAAAAACUCUGAAAGCGGCUAGUCCAAAACAUACCAAAGUCCCUGCAGUUCAGAGUCAAUGUAAUAUCCCCAAAAGCUCUGAGCAGAAUGCAGUAACACAGAAAAAUGACAUAUCCAACCCUACAGAAGUACAAAACACCAGUGGUGAAGCCAUACAGGGAUGCACAGCUACCAAAAAGAAGGUAGAUACAAUGCAGAAGAAGUUUGGGACAAUUUAUGACAUGGUGAAAGAUGCAGAUACCACCUUGCUGGAUGAGAGCUUUGACCUAGCCUGGGGCCUUGUGGAUGAGAUGCUAUUGAAGGCUAUGGAAGCUUCGUCUGGAAAGUCGGAAGAAAACCACACGGCCGAACAAGACAAAACUCACUUUGAUCGUACACACUCUCUGGACAGUGGGUUGGGAGAGAGUAGAAUAAUUACAUCCCAGGAAAACAAUGUAUCCAUGACGUAUUCGAGUAGCCUUGAAUACUCAACACACUACAAUACACAUACUUCUGGAGAAGGUAGACAAAGCACUGACGAUAAGUCUGUGAAGAAACGUAUUCAGUACGAAGACAAGCCAUACAAGUCGUCUCAGUGCCCCUUUAUAACUGCAAGCGGAAGAAAAGUACCUGUCUCAAAAGAAGCACUAAAGCAUGUGAAGGAAAUGGCAAAAGAUGAACUCUUACCAUCUGAGGAAAUUUCUGUUCCUCUCAACAAGUUGUCAUGGCAUAACUCUCCAACAGAGGUCUCCCAUAUGAGUUUUAUGGAACAUCAAAGUGAGACCUUACCGGAAGGCAACCAAUUGGAAAGAGGUGAAGAAGUGGAUGCAUCCAACAAUGUAGGUUUCACCACUGCCCGAGGGAAGAAGAUCAGUGUUUCUAAGAAAUCUCUAGAGAAGGCAGAACACCUUUGGAAUAGUACAGAACAAGAAGAACAGAAACUUAAGAAAGAGAAAGCAUCUAUGUCAGGAGAAACGGACUGUCCAACAAUGUUUCAGGGUUUCCAAACUGCAAGUGGACACAGGGUCAAUGUGUCAGAUGCAGCACUGGCAAAGGCAAAGCAGAUGUGGAAGGAUACAGGAGAGCUUGAACAGGACAUGCCUGUUGGUUCUGCAGACAAUUGCUUACCCAAGCCAGAAGGGUUCAAAACUGCAAGUGGGAAAAGGGUGAGGGUGUCAGAGAAGGCACUGCAGAAGGCACAGCAAAUGUGGGAAGAAACAGAAGGACAACAAGACACUGUAACUUCUUAUAAAGUGAACGCUUGUUCUACAGAGUUCCGAGGGUUCCAAACUGCAAGUGGACACAAGGUAGCUGUGUCGGAGAAAGCACUACAGAAAGCUCAGCAAAUGUGGAAAGAAACAGAAGGACAAGAAGACACUGAAACCUCGAAAAUGAAUGCUUGUUCUACAGAGUUCCAAGGGUUCCAAACUGCAAGUGGACACAAGGUAGCUGUGUCAGAGAAGGCACUAGAGAAAGUACAGCAAAUGUGGAAAGAAACAGAAGGACAACAAGACACUGAGACUUCUAAAAUGAAUACUUGUUCAUUAGAGUUCCAAAGUUUCCAAACUGCAAGUGUAAAAAGAGUGAGAACGUCAGAGAAGGCACUACAGAAAGCUCAGCAGAUGUGGAAAGAAACAGAAGGACAACAAGACACUGUGACUUCUAAAAUGAAUGCCCGUUCUACAGAGUUCCGUGGCUUCCAAACUGCAAGUGGACACAACGUAGCUGUGUCGGAGAAAGCACUGCAAAAGUCACAGCAAAUGUGGAAAGAAACAGAAGGACAACAAGGCACUGAAACCUCUAAAGUGAAUGCUUGUUCUACAGAGUUUCGAGGGUUCCAAACUGCAAGUGGAAAAAGAGUGAGAACGUCGGAGAAAGCACUACAGAAAGCUCAGCAAAUGUGGAAAGAAACAGAAGGACAAGACACUAUGACUUCUAAUAUGUUUGAUACGGCAAACAAAAACUUUGACCAACAAAUGGACAACUCAAUGACUUAUGCAAAGUUUGGAGGGUUCACAACUGCAGCAGGGAAACACGUACAAGUGUCCAAACAGGCAUUGCUGAAGGCAAAACAACUUUGGAAUCAAACAGAUGAAAACUCUUCUGGUCAACACAAGGGAAACAAUUCAUCAGGAUUCCAGGGUUUUCAGACUGCAAGUGGUACAAAGGUGGACAUUUCAGUCCAGGCAUUAUCAAGAGCUAAAGAGCUGUGGAGGGAUACAGUUGGUGAUUCAAGCGAUGAGGCUAAGGGUGUUGAUGUCACAGAAGAAAGUAGCCCAAAAUGUACAGGGUUUCAAACUGCAGGAGGAAGAAAGGUGCAAGUUUCAGCAGGAGCUUUACAAAAGGUAAAGUUGCUUUGGAAGGAUAACGACAUUGAAGAGACUAGUCUCGGAAAGUCUGUGGAAACAUUGGAUUCUGCUACUUUCAACGAAGAAAUCCUCAAAGAGAAAGAUGUUACGCAGUCUUCGAAAGACGAGUCAUUUGUUGGAUUUAAAACUGCAAGCGGUCAUACCGUCAACGUUUCGGAAACUUCUCUGCAACGUGCAAAGCAAAUGUUUCAGGACGGCGAUGAAGUAAAUGCUAAGACUAGCCCAAACAAAGGGCCAUUUGAGGAAUCUGCACCAUCUGAGUUUCAAAGAUUCAAGACUUGCAGGGGACAGGAAAUUGGGGUCUCAAAUAAGUCUCUACAGUUUACUAAAGAGAUGUGGAAGGAUUCGGAAUCAGAUUUCAACCAUUCGUGUGAAUCAGCAAUGCUGAACCCAGAAUGUGGUGAAAAGGGUACCACUAUGUUCAGGGGCUUCCAAACGGCAAGAGGUCAGAAGAUAAAUGUAUCAAAAGAAGCACUGGAAAAGGCAAAGGCACUGUUUUCAGACGAUGCAUCUCCAACAGGAAGUAAUACUCCUAAGAAGCGGCCACCCACAAAUCAGGAAAAACUCAGCAAUGGUGCAAAAUACAAAGGUUUUCAAACUGCGAGAGGGCAGAAGAUAAAAGUGUCAGAAGACGCCCUACGAAAAGCAAGAGCUCUUUUUUCUGAUGAUGUGGAAGAGGAAACUACAGGCCAAGAAGGAACUCAGAGCCUAAAAGUGGAAAGUGCAAAGGAUGCAAACGCUUCAACGUUUCGGGGUUUUCAAACUGCGAGAGGGCAGAAGAUAAAAGUGUCAGAUGACGCCCUACGAAAAGCAAGAGCUCUUUUCUCUGAUGAUGCCAAUGAGGAAACUACAGCACUAGAAGGAAUUCAGGGCACAGAAGUGGGAAUUGCCAAGAAUACAAACAAUUUAACAUUCAGAGGUUUUCAAACUGCAAGAGGGCAGAAGAUAAAGGUGUCAGAAGACGCCCUGCGAAAAGCAAGAGCUCUUUUCUCUGAUGAUUCCAAAGAGGAAACUACAGGCCAAGAAGGAAUUCGGAGCCCAAAAGUGAGAAAUGCAAAGGAUGCAAAUGCUUCAACGUUCAGAGGUUUUCAAACUGCAAGAGGGCAGAAGAUAGAAGUGUCAGAAGAUGCCUUGCAAAAGGCAAGAGCUCUUUUCUCCGAUGAUGCCAAUGAGGAAACUACAGGCCAAGAAGGAAUUCAGAGCCCAAAAGUGGAAAGUGCAAAGGAUACAAAUGCUUCAACGUUUCGGGGUUUUCAAACUGCGAGAGGGCAGAAGAUAAAAGUGUCAGAUGACGCCCUACAAAAAGCAAGAGCUCUUUUAUCUGAUGAUGCAAAAGAGGAAACUAUAGGCCAAGAAGGAAUUCAGAGCCCCAAAAUGGAAAGUGCAAAGGAUGCAAAUGCUUCAGGGUUUGGUGGUUUUCAAACUGCGAGAGGGCAGAAGGUAGAGGUGUCAGAUGACGCCCUACGAAAAGCAAGAGCUCUUUUCUCUGAGGAUGCCAAAGAGGAAUCUACAGCACUAGAAGGAAUUCAGGGCCCCAAAGUUGAAAGUGCAAAGAAUACAAACACUUCAAUGUUCAGAGGUUUUCAAACUGCGAGAGGGCAGAAGAUAAAAGUGUCAGAUGAUGCCCUACGAAAAGCAAGAGCUCUUUUGUCUGAUGAUGCCAAAGAAACUACAGGCCAAGAAGGAUUUCAGAGUCCCAAAGUGAAAAGUAUGAAGGAUACAAACACUUCAAUGUUCGGAGGUUUUCAAACUGGUAGAGGGAAGCAAAUUGAAAUAUCAGAGGACGCACUGCAAAAGGCUCGAGUAAGACUAUCAGAAGACAAGUCUAUGGAACUCGGUCCAGGGUUUUCUGAAAGGACAGCCGAACAGUCGCCUCUACAGACAAGAACUGUUCCUAGUGUUUUGUCAUCUGAAAACAAUGUGCACAGAUAUGUUAGGAAGCUUGGAGUACCACAAGUUGUUCCACAGGACAAAGAGGAACAGUUGUACAGCGAUAGAAGUGCCAGGAAAAGAACACUGACUUCAUCAGAUGCAACAGCUACUUUGCCUCCAAGUAAGAGACAGCCCCCCUCCCCUGCUGGUUACCAGACACAACACGUGGGACACAGACAGGCUUUCAGGCCUCCACUAGCCACUCAUCCUGAAGGUGUGGUUCAUGAUCGCCAUGGUUUCUCUGUCCGCACCCGACUACAGCCGCUCCACUCAAAGCCUCGGCAGGACUUCAGAAGACCACCAAGCCUGCCCCAAGCAUCACGUCAACCUCUGGUAUCCACGCCACAACCACAGGACUCCACAGAGAACUCCUUCAGAACUCCAUUCAAAUCUCCAUCCCCCAAAGUCUCUGCACCUGUCAAAGCAAAACCAGGAGGAGAGGAUGGACAAACAGAAGAUUUGUGUCAUUCUGCUGCAUGUACCACAAAAGAUAAUACACAAGACAGCCAGGAAGCUAGCCAGGAAGCAUGUAGAGAUGAUGGCGAUAUAUUUGACAAAGUCACAGAACCUCCAGGAAAAGUUCAGUCUUUGAGAAGGGCAAGAGAAGCUCAGACUCUAAGGAUAGCUCAGAAAAAGAAACAAGUGAUACGUCCAGAGUAUGGCAGCUUGCUGCAGAAAAGACUGACACAGGCCAGGGUUGGAUUGAGGGAAGCGGUCUGUGGCCAAACUCCAGGGUGUUAUACAACAGAGGAGUUGUAUUCCUAUGGAGUUGACCAGUCCACGUGUACUGUGACAUCAGAGACAGCAGAGUCGUACAGGUUUUUGUGUAGAGACCACGUCAGCUCUGCCACUGUGGAGGAGGGAGAGGGCAUCACACUAACAGAUGGAGGGGUGCUGGUACCACUGGAGGAUGGCACUGCAGGGAAGGAGGAAUUCGUCAGUGCCCUGUUGGACACCCCAGGUGUAGACCCUAGCCUGGUGACUCCAGAAUGGAUCCAUAACCACUACAGGUGGAUCGUGUGGAAACUAGCCGCUAUGGAAACAGCCUUUCCUGUACAGUUUGGUGGAAGAUGUCUAACCCCUGACCAAGUUCUAAUGCAGCUUAAGUACAGGUAUGACAGGGAAGUGGACCUGUCACAAAGAUCAGCCCUGAAGAAGAUACUUGAGAGAGAUGACACCCCGUCCAAAACCCUGGUCCUCUGUGUGGCCAGGGUCAUCCCUCCGACUAGUGGUCAAGACUGCACCAGUGGCCAGGACUCCAAAAAGGUGCCCCAGAAGGAGACCAUUGUUGAGCUGACCGAUGGAUGGUAUGGAAUAAGAGCAGCUCUGGACCCCCCUCUAGCAAGAUUGGUAGAGUCCAAACGUAUCUACGUGGGCCAGAAGCUGUGUGUGUCUGGAGCAGAACUGGUUGGAUCGCAAGAUGCGUGUUCGCCUCUUGAAGCCCCUGCCAACCUCGUACUGAAGCUGUCCGCCAACGCCACUCGCCGUGCUCGCUGGGAUGCCAAGUUGGGUUUCCAUAGCAACCCGCAGCCAUUCCCAAUUAGGCUGGGUUCCCUGUGCCCAGAUGGAGGGAUGGUGGGGUGUGUGGAUGUUACAGUCCUCAGGAGUUAUCCCAUGCAGGUGAGUUAUACAGUUAGGCAGGGUUCCCUGUGCACAGAUGGAGGGAUGGUGGGGUGUGUGGAUGUUACAGUCCUCAGGAGUUAUCCCAUGCAGGUGAGUUAUACAGUUAGGCAGGGUUCCCUGUGCACAGAUGGAGGGAUGGUGGGGUGUGUGGAUGUUACAGUCCUCAGGAGUUAUCCCAUGCAGGUGAGUUAUACAGUUAGGCAGGGUUCCCUGUGUGCAGAUGGAGGGAUGGUGGGAUGUGUGGAUGUUACAGUCCUCAGGAGUUAUCCCAUGCAGGUGAGUUACACAGUUAGGCAGGGUUCCCUGUGCACAGAUGGAGGGAUGGUGGGGUGUGUGGAUGUUACAGUCCUCAGGAGUUAUCCCAUGCAGGUGAGUUAUACAGUUAGGCAGGGUUCCCUGUGCACAGAUGGAGGGAUGGUGGGAUGUGUGGAUGUUACAGUCCUCAGGAGUUAUCCCAUGCAGGUGAGUUAUACAGUUAGGCAGGGUUCCCUGUGCACAGAUGGAGGGAUGGUGGGGUGUGUGGAUGUUACAGUCCUCAGGAGUUAUCCCAUGCAGGUGAGUUAUACAGUUAGGCAGGGUUCCCUGUGCACAGAUGGAGGGAUGGUGGGGUGUGUGGAUGUUACAGUCCUCAGGAGUUAUCCCAUGCAGGUGAGUUAUACAGUUAGGCAGGGUUCCCUGUGCACAGAUGGAGGGAUGGUGGGGUGUGUGGAUGUUACAGUCCUCAGGAGUUAUCCCAUGCAGGUGAGUUACACAGUUAGGCAGGGUUCCCUGUGCACAGAUGGAGGGAUGGUGGGGUGUGUGGAUGUUACAGUCCUCAGGAGUUAUCCCAUGCAGGUGAGUUAUACAGUUAGGCAGGGUUCCCUGUGCACAGAUGGAGGGAUGGUGGGGUGUGUGGAUGUUACAGUCCUCAGGAGUUAUCCCAUGCAGUACAUGGAGAAGUACCCCAGUGGCAGCAGCGUGGUGAGAAGUCGCCGUACAGAGGAAAAGGCAGCCCGAAAACACGAGGAGGACAGGAACAGGAGGAUGGAGAAACUCUACUCACAGAUACAGGACAAGUUUGAGAGAAGGACAGCAGGAAAAGGUAAGGAAACACACAGGAGGACAGGAACAGGAGGAUGGAGAAACUCUACUCACAGAUACAGGACAAGUUUGAGAGAAGGACAGCAGGAAAAGGUAAGGAAACAUGAGGAGGACAGGAACAGGAGGAUGGAGAAACUCUACUCACAGAUACAGGACAAGUUUGAGAGAAGGACAGCGGGAAAAGGAUCCAGUGUAGGCCGCAGGCGCAAGUCUCUCCACCUGAAGACAGAAGACAUUGAGAACCUACAGACUGGUCAGGAGAUAUACGAGGCUCUGCAGGGGGCUAUGGACCCAACAGAAAUUGAGCAAUGCCUAAGCCCUACACAGCGGUCCCGUCUGUAUGACCACCAGCGCAGUUUGCAGGCAGAACAACAGGGGGAGCUGCAGGCAGAGUUCCGUAAGGCCCUACAACAGCUGGAUGAUGAGAUCCCAGUACAGAGGAAUGUAGUGGCCAUGUAUAGAGUCAGGCUGGCUGACUACCAGAAAAAAGAGUCAGGAAAUACAGAGCUGACCCUAACGGUUUGGCGACCCACAGACCAUGUGAUGGACAUGCUGAAGGAGGGAAAAAGACUCAAGAUCUUCCACCUGUCCACUUCUGCUGCAAGGAACCAGGUCCAGCUGGCCAGCACCCGUACCACCAGGUACCAAGACUUACCCGUAGAACCCGGCACCCUGGCAGAGGUGUACGUUAUUAUUACUAUUAAUGAUAUUACCAAUGAAAAUAUUUGGUGUAUAAUUUCAGGAACCAGGUCCAGCUGGCCAGCACCCGUACCACCAGGUACCAAGACUUACCCGUAGAACCCAACACCCUGGCUGAGGUGUACGUUAUUAUUACUAUUAAUGAUAUUACCAAUGAAAACAUUUGGUGU